AUUUUCCAUAAUAAUUACAAUAAUUCGAAAAUUUGAAAGAAAGCCAUUUCCCUCAACCUCCAUCUACUAUGUGCAAAACCGACACUGCGCUCUCCAUCCUCUGUGGAACAUGGAAUCUAGACUCUGAAGAAGAGAUCCAAAUGAUAUUUUACGAGAACGGCACGGGCGAAAUAAUUCUUCGUCAUAUAUUCAACGCGUGGAUCGCUGCUGAGACCGAAUGGAAGUCACUUGGCCCUGAGCCACUCGACCAGAUUGCCGUCAGCGACAGCGACACUACCUCUCAAACAGAGGCACAAGUUCUAGCGCACUUCGAUCUAGAGAUAACACUCACAAAACGCGCCAUCACAACACGCGGCCCAACAGAUAACUACAUCUUAAACGAAGAGAAUCUCAUCGACACCGCCUUCCUCCCUAAGAGAUACUCUGUCCGGUUGGAAAAAGGCUCGUUCAAAACAGCCUUCGAGCGGACAGCGGGGCCGGUGCGUCCGUGGCGCCAGUCGUACGCUUAUCAGCUGGUUUUUGAUAAAUCGCCGUAUCCACCGCUGAAUGAAUGGAAGGAUCCAGAGGAGGCGCCUGAGCCGCCGUUUUUGCCGUUUGAGGGGUGGACGGAGUUUUGUAGUCGGGCGUUGCCGAAGGAUGAGAAGGCAUAGAUUAUGG